UCGUGCGGUACAAUAAGCGGAUAGAUUUUUCGCGUGGUGCUGAAAAUAAUAAAUUUCCCAAAUUACUAAAAAUCUCACUUGCAAGUUUUUGCCAUUAAAUGCUGGCUGCAGCUGGAAUCUUUUGUUAAAAACUACAAAAUAAAUUCGUCAAACUACAAAGGAAAUGCGUGCGCAGUGAAUUCGCUAGCCCCGAUCGGUGAUCGAUCGUUGUCAGCUAAAGCAUUUUAUAUAUAGAAAAAAAAGACGCUCACCAACAGCAGUCGCAAAAGUUGUUGUUGCCUAAAAUAUUUUGCGAAUAUGUAACAGUGACGGCGUGUUUAACGGCAUUCUUUCACAGUUUAGUGAAUGUACAUAUAAAAUCGCAUAAAUAUUCAUUUGACACAUAUUUUGUGGCAAUUUCAAUUUGAUUGACGCUAUUUGUAACGGUAAAAUUGAAUGUAUACCUAUGAAAACGAAAUGUGCCAUUGUGCAGAGAAAAUGUGGCAUUAAAAGAAAUUAAUGAAAAUCGAGUUACAAAGUGUCACAAAAAUCCACCAAAAACUAUACUUAGUCAAACGUUACGACCAAAUCUUAUUAGCGUGAAAUUGGCACACUCGCCGUCGGCAAGCAGCACUCAAACGACGCAUCAAAUGCACUAGUGAAAUGAGUAAAAAAAAUGUGAAAUUUUCUAUAAAAAUAACGACUAAAACUCCAUAAAAAAUAUGCCUAAAAUUAGAGCGCCGAAGUAGUUCCAUACGAAAAGAAGAAGAAGAAUAGUGUGAACUUGGCAUAAAAACUGUGAACCUGAUGCAAAUUAAACCAAUAUCAGGAAAACAAGAGCCAUUUAAAAACGUAUAAAAAUCAUGAAGAGACCUCUUUGUGUUUAACAGUGAAAAAAUGAAUGAAAAUUCCUGGAUUUCUGAGUGAAACCGAAAAACAAUGACAGCCGAGUGAAAAACUGUCGAAAAGUGAACUUCAAAAGCGCAUUGAUUGUGCAAACUUUCAACGAACCUUCAUAAGAGUGCUUAAUUUGAAGCUUAAAGCUGCAAGCUUUCUAUUAAAUAAAAGUAAUUCAAACUACGAAAACUACAAAACCAUGAACGACAAUUCUAAAGUCGAUACACCAAUCAACACAAAGUCGACAAAUCGAACGUGUGCAGUAUUUAGUGAAUAUAACGGUAAAUAUUUAUAUACGCCAUACAUCACAAAGGCGCCCCUCCAACAGCUCGACCUUAAUUUCACGCACACACAUACACCCAACACAAUCACCGCGACACUCCAACCGCACAGUUUGAGCGACAUGCCGCCAUAUCGCUACGGCGGCGGCUGUGAUUCCACGACGUCGUCCUUAUCACUUUUGCCGCUCAGCCGUCGACGUUGGUUCCAGCGGCAGACUUGUUUGCUCUGCAUAAUGGCUGCUUUCAUUUUUGGCCUGUUCUUGGGAAUUUUCGUACCGAUGGUUGAUCUGCGCAACGUAUUCACGAAUAUGUCUACCGCAGCGCCCACGAAUGCGCUAAGGUCCUCGCCAGCAACCACUUUGCACCACGUUCCAAACGGUUUGGCGGAAAUAGCAUUGGAGCCACUGCCUUACGAUGAUAGCUUGCAGUUGGACGUAUUAAAUCGUACUUCGUCAACGGUCUCCAACGGCCACGAGGAUACGCCACUUAGUGCUUUCUCUGUAGCGUUCAUAAAUGAACAUCACGGACGUAUUGGUGCGGAAGAGAUUUUGAGCGACAGCGUAAAUAUGCAUGAGGAACACAGCGCCAUGGAUAGACGAGAAGUGCGUAUGCAGCGUAUGGUGGGGGAACCACUAGCACGCACGGCAGAGCAACGCGCUGCGAAAAUGCUGCAACCUGUUCCAGAGCCAGCGUUUUUGAAACAAAGCAGUAAUGAGAAUACAUCCACUAAAAACAUACUGCAACGUCCCAAUGUGCAUAAAACCCAGCAGAUAUCAUCGCCGCACGCGCCCGGCAUAAUAAAGUCCAACAUCUAUUGGGGUGAGCUAGUGGAACGCGCAUUGCCACAGGGCUUCAGCGCGCAGGAUACGCGUGAUUGGAAUGCGUAUGUGGCCUCCCAGACGGUAGUGCAGCAUCUUGAGCUUGGCUGUGGGCGCAUGCAAAACCGACUGCUGAUUUUUCGUGAUGGCACACGCGCCUGUGCGCGCUAUCGUCAAAACACCGAUCAAAUACAAGGCGAGCUCUUUUCGUUCUACCUAGGUCGAUUGUUGAAUAUGACCAAUCUUGCGCCCAGCGCUGUGCUAACGGUAAACGUUGAGUCUGACAAGUGGUCUGCGGUAGUGCGUGAUAUAACGCAAGCCCAGUGGAAACAACAACGUCCUGUAGUGCUAACGCGAUGGUUGCCUUAUCUCGAGCCGGCGGGCAUACCACAACCGUUCCAACCGAUCGAUCGUCAUUUGAACAAACACGAUGUCUGGAAUAUUACUUUGGCAUUGACAGCUAGUGAUGCUACGGUUCAGACGCCUUUGGUGGCUUACGCACACAAUGAUGCAGUUUCUUCGGUAGAUAUACCAAUUACACCCACAUCGCUUGCACUCGAGCACCUAGUCGAACUCGCUCAGUGGUCGGAUUUGAUUGUCUUCGACUAUUUGAUUGCGAACCUUGAUCGUGUCGUCAACAAUCUCUACAACUAUCAAUGGAAUGCCGAAAUAAUGGCCGCACCUGCGCACAAUCUGGCGCGCCAGUCCAAGUCGCAGUUACUGCUCUUUCUCGACAACGAAUCUGGUUUGUUGCAUGGAUAUAGACUGCUCAAGAAAUACGAGGCCUAUCACGGUCUCUUACUUAACAACUUAUGCGUAUUUCGUGAACCCACAAUACGUGCGCUGCGUCAGCUGCGGGAGGCUGGCGCAGGACGUAAACUUCGCGAGAUUUUCGAGCGAACCGCGAGUGACGAGGUACGCGAUGUGCUGCCAACGCUGCCGGAUAAAUCGGUGAAGAUACUUAACGAUCGCAUCGAUCGGGUGCUGCAACAAGUGGAUAAAUGUAAGCAGCUGAUGAGUGACAGCUAGUAACUGACAUCGACGUCAAAAGCAAAGGCUACUAGAAAUCCCAAAACAACCAUUUGAGGUGCUUCCUGUGAGAUAAAACGUAUUGUAAAAUAGUUAGAUUUUAGCAAUUAAAUGUUUAAAGAGAUCAGCUGAUAAUUUGUAGGCAUACUUUUUAUAGCGUUAAGUACUAAAUAUUUAAUUGAGGCGCUUCGCAAAAGUCAUUGUAAAGUCAUAGCUAUAGUAUACAUAGAUAUGUACUAAUCUAGUUGUAAAGCAUGCCAAAAGGCGUGGGUAUGUGAAACAGACUGACAUGUGUGGAAAUGAGAGGAGGAGAGAAGAGUUCGGGCAAGGCGUCAAUUGUCUCGGGCAUCCAAUUCAAAUACGUUAAAGUCUUUAAUGAUGGCUCUAUAGCCCCCGCCAUUGAUUUUAACUUUACGAUUGGCUUCAUUCUUGAAAAAAUAUUAACCAACGUUUUCCUCUGCCUAUAAAGCAUACCAAACAUUAACUUUUUGAGGAUGUAACGACGUCUCAAGAACAGCCUGUGAAAUUAUCAUCACUUCAAAUGCCACAAUUCCAAUUCAAACCAUAAAAUAAAACCAAAUUUUCUCGUUUUGUGCCCAUUCACCGAUUGCGCAACGCGCUUGACGGCUGUAAUGCUUGCACGAGUUGAAUUUUGUAUGCCCGUAAGUCAAUAUUCUUCGGCAAAAUCUUCCGCAAAGUAGAAGGCCACAGUUCCAAUUGAUGCGGAUGCGUUGGCGGAUGGACUCAUUCUGGUCUUUUUCGAUACUCUACUUUAUACCCACUACUACUAGCGUCUUCGGUGCGCACCAUAAAGCAUCUCUAAGAGUGCGCAUUAUUCUCUAGAGCAAGCAGGGUGCGAACCCGGUGCAUGGUUGCUCGAAUUACCGACUCUGCUAGGUUAUUGUACAGAUCGAUUAUUGGACGUCGCUCGACCCGAACCAUUGUUUUGGUAAUGAAUAUGUACGAUCUGCAAAUUUUGGAACUGAAAUGGCAACCCAAACUGACAAUAAAUCAAGUAACAGCUGUCAAAGAGACCAACUUCGAAAAAACUAUUACGUCAUUGAAAACCAGACCUUUAAAAACACCCUUAUCAAUAACUAUAACUAAAGUAUUUUUUCUUUUUUUGUUUGUAGGAAGCAUAAUUUAAAUGAUAAUCGAUUGCUAUUUUAAAAGUUUACUCAGUUUAAUUAUACUCACUUCUACCUCAAAGUCGUUAAUAAACUCGCAGCAAAUUUUUAUUUAAAAUUCCAAACAAUUUAUGUGUUGUACUACCCGUAAUCUGUCAAGGUGUUUUGUUUUACGAAAAAAUUUGUUCUUAUGCCCAUGAAGCGUAUGUUAGUAGUUCAGAUAUUGUAAUAUCGUUAUUCUAGUUUCGAACAUAUUGCAGUAAAAGUAUACUCUUGUAUACUACAAUGUUACCUUGAAGAGGGUAUACAGUUACUAUACAGCUACAAAUGUAUAUCCUUAACAUUAAUUGGUAAUUUAUCUUUGAUAGUUGUAUGUAUGUAUGAUCUUAUACGAAAGUCACAAAAUCACUAGUUUUAAGAUUUACCAUCUAACGGUUGUUUAACGAAUUUCUUAUAUGUACUUUAUGUAAAAUGCAAGAGUAAAAGUGUUGUAAAUGAUUUUAUGGAAAAUCCGGAAUAAGUUAUAUUUAUUGUUUAUAAAAAUAUAUG